AUGGAGCAGAGUAACGGCAACAUCAUGGCGAAGAAACACGUCGAAUUCUCGCCGGUGGUCAUCAAGAGCAAGCAGACGAAGCGCCUCCGGGCGGCGGUUUCCGCAUCCUCCUCGUCGGCGGAAUCCUUCAGCAGCAGCGCCGACCCGGAGGAGGAGGUCAUGGCUCGCUGCCUCAUCCUCCUCGCGCAGGGGCGCGUCUCUCCGCCGCCUUCAGAUUCCGCCGAUUUGAAGUCCUCUUCCACCGCGGCUGCAGCCGGCGGAGGCGGCCGACGGUUCCCCAGCAGGGAGUGCGCGUACGACUGCAAGACGUGCGGCAAGAGCUUCCGCUCCUUCCAGGCCCUCGGCGGCCACCGCACCAGACACAAGAAGCCCAAGGACUUGCCGCCUCCUGCGACGGCGGAGGACGGCGGCGGCCGAACCCUCUUUACUGGCUCACCGAAGUCGCCGAGGGAGCAUGAGUGCGCCAUCUGCAGGACGUCUUUCUCCUCCGGCCAAGCUCUCGGAGGUCACAUGCGUAGGCACCGCCGGAUAACCACCGCCGCGGACGAGCCCGCGCCGCCGGAAGCGAAGAAGGAGUUGACCAAGAACGCCUUCGUUUUGGAUCUCAAUCUCCCCGCGCCGUCGGAGGACGACGGCGCCGAGGAGCGGCAGCCGGUCUCUCCGCCGCCGUCAAGCCUCGCCUUCCCCUUCGAGAACCAGCAACCGCUCAUCUUCUCGUCACGUCGUCCCUGGCGAUGGUUGAUCACCAUUCUUAACCAAAACAAAUCCAUGCCGUGA